GGGGGGGGGGCUAUGCCCUGGUGGCUUGCUGGUCUUGGUUGGACGGCGCAGGCCGUGCAUGCGGAUGUAGGCAUGCUGGCAUGCGUGCGCUCAUUCCUUGUGCUUGUACUGGUAUUUUAGUGUGCCUUGUGGUGGUUGAUGUAUAGAUUUGUUACGGUGAUGACUGCCAACAGACUUACAAUGUUGUGGUGCUACAUAGUACAUACACAUAACGUUCCAGUGAACUGCUAGCCCUGGCCAGCCAGCUGGAGGUGCUAGGCUGGAUCAUGUGGUCAUCAUGCAGGGUCCAUACAUGAUACAGACAUGUUACUGUAAGGUUCAGAGCAAUGAUUACGUGGGAAACGUUUACCAGCCAAAUCAGACCAGGAAACACCAUCAAGGCGCCCUCCUGGUCAGCUACACCUAGUGACUUCAGUCAGCUGAUUGUAGCUGAGAGAAACAGCAACACGUUAGUUGUCCAUCACUGGGACUUGAGGCUCACCACUAACACUGUUCAGACGGCCACAGUUCAAGUACUGGUCCUGUUAGCACCCACACGCACUCAGCAAUCAUGCCUUUCCUAGUCGCGCUCUCCUUCGGCUAUCUGCCCGGCGCAUGCUCUGAUUUUUAGAUAUAGCGUUGGCAGCUAGUAGUAUUACCUGCCUCGACCUACAGUUCAGACAUGUAACUUUCUGUUGUGCUGUAUUGUGUUCCAAUGGCCAUGGUUUGUUGAGUGCUAGCACACACACUAAUACCAGUCAUCCAUCCAGUGAUUUGAGUUAACUGUACGAGGUACAUACAACGUCUGUAGCCCACAGCUCAUUGCCGUUACCCAGCGGCCGAGCCAUGGCCAAAGCACUAUCGAAUUUUUACCGGCCUUCCACCAGAGGCCAGGCCCGCACAAUGAUGAAUAUUGGCGUGUCUUGUUGAUUGUUGAAAUGGUUGCGGCCACUAUGCGUGUCUACAUAAGUAGAAUUCAAGUGUCAGUGAAGCUGCAUUGCCCUUGGAAUUGGAGCGUGCAACACCUGUCGAGCCAAAGUUACUUUGCAGCCUACUAGGCAUGGCCAGUGUGGACAGGGAGAGAAAUGGGAAAUGCACGCCCGCUUUUGUGUGUAUGUGUGUGUGUGUGUGUUUGUAGGGAAACCAUGUUUCUCCUGGAUAGGGUAUACAAGAUUGGCCAGUUCUGUGAUGCAGAGCACGCCGUUUCUCUUGUUAACACUUUUGUAUGCACUUCAAUUUCUGCACCCUGCUGUCAAAGUGUCCAUCAGAAAACUUGUGCUAGAGUAGUUGGGAAGUGAACUUGUUCUGUGUGUUUCAAGGUUACCUAUGUGUCAGAGUUCAGAGUUGUGAAUGUUCAGUAACAGGAGGUGCACGUUACAGAAAUAAUUAUUAUAAUGGUGUUGAUAGAUGGUCGAAUGGAAUGCUGGAUGAUAUGUACUGGUGGAUGGUGAUGGCAGUGGGAUGAUUGCUUUCACCUUUUAAAUGUAGUACUGUUUUGUGUGUGUGUUCGUGCGUGUGUGUGUGUGUGUGUGUGUGUGUGUGUGUGUGUGCGUGUGUGUGUGUGUGUGUGUGUGUGUGUGUGUGUGUGUGUGUGUGCAAGGAAAAAUUAAAAAGGAAGGAUAAAAAAGCAGUCAGUAUGGAUACCUGAGAUACAGUUUUGAAAGACUUGGCCAUUGCAAUGACCCAGGCCACUCUGCACUGCACUCUAAGAAUGUAUUAGUACGAUUCUAUCACUACCCAUCAUCAGUACUACAACCACCCGCCAUCAGUACUACAACCACACACCAUCAGUACUACAACCACCCACCAUCAGUACUACAACCACCCGCCAUAGUGCAACACCACUAUAGUAUAGACCUAUGUUUUUGUACUAAUUUGUACACUAUGUACAGUCUGUUAUCUACAGUUUCUAACACUAUUGUAGUAUGAAGAGGGUUUGUGUGGCUGAGUAUGUUGCCUGUGUUGAAGGCUAUCAGCAUAAGCCACAUCGUACAUGUAGCGUUUGUGCGACAUGGAGAUGUGUUUUUACUGCAUUGGCCAUCCUGGCAACUAGAUAUGCCAUGGUUGGGUCUAGCAGGGGUUUGUCUGAUUGGUUGUGAUAGGCAUGUUGUGGGUGUGUUGUUGAAUGCAGGCCACUGCAUGUGCCAAGGCACUGCUGUACUGCUUGCUAGCAUGACCUGUACUGGGCACUGUGUGUAGGUUUAGGGGCAGAGUUGUGUGGCAUGAUCAGUGGAUGUGCUCUAUCAGUAGUGUGCAAUGGGCCAUGUCAUGGUGGGUAUCCUGCCAUCACGCACAUAUGACCAGUGCGGCCCAAGCUGCAUGUUGCUUCAAGCAGUUCCACCACUAUCACUCCAGCUCUCUCAAUGUUCAGUGACUUAGACUUGGAGCACCAGCACCAGUUGUAGGAGCAGAGAUAUCUGAGCUGUCAGCAGUGUAACUUUCAUAUUAGCUACAUUAUCCUGGAAAGAGCUGGUGGAUCAAUGAUACCACUGGGUGUGCAUGUAACAUGUACUAUGUGGACCAUGCUUAGGGGAUGUACAUGUAUGCACUUCACUGGGAAGGGGCUACUGACCAUGGUAUGUAUUGUUGCAUAGGCUCUGUGCCGCCUAAAUACUUUGUGUUGUAUGCAUGCAUUACAUUAUAAUUGUAUUACUCGUGCCAUUGCCACUCAAUGUUAUCUUGAUGCAGUUUACCUGUAUCCUGCUGACCAUUAUGACAGUUUCACUUCAUGCUGCCAAACAUGGCAACACGGCUCUGUGAGCAGUAUGCCUCUUCUAGCUGCUGUGCAUUGGGUGGAUUAUUGUGGUGAAGGAAAGCACUCACUGUGGAUUCUCUUUUGGAAAAGAUUCCUUUGAUAUGUGGCCAGUCGAGAGGGUAAUACACCGCUUUGACACCACACUGACGUUGUUCGAUAUAUGUACAAGGCAAAAAUGCUCCAGUGGGGGGAUUGUGGGAUGCAUGAGACUUGGAGAGUUGUGAAAAGCAUGUUGUUGUCUCUUCACACUCACACAGUUAUCCUGAUUUGUGUGAUCACACAUCCUAAGUUCAUCAUAGUGCGUUGGCCAGCCAGUCUCUAUAGUACUGUCACCUAUGGCAGCAUUGUGUGGUUGCAGAUGGUUCAUGCAAGAGAGUCUGGCUGUAUAGACCCCUUUCCGGAUCGCCGCGAAUCUCUAUGGUUACCGAGAAAUUCAAACUUUGGUGGGCAAGAAGAACCACUCUACUAAUUAGUUACUUUGUCUUUUUAGUUGGUUGGAUCUAUUUUGUCGUCCUUUCCUUUUAGUUUCAGCCAUGGUGCAGACCUGUGCCGUCAUAGGAUGCACGAAUAGGUAUACGCGUGGCUGUGGAGGUGGUUUCCACCGAUUUCCAACAAAUCCCAAGCGCAGGGGACUCUGGAUUGCUGCAAUUCGCCGUAAAGAAGCUGAUGGAUCGCCCUGGACACCAGACACUGACGAGCGAGUCUGCAAGAAGCAUUUUGUUCUUGGCAAUCCGAAUGCAAAGGAAGCAAAGGAUGACGAGUCCCAUCCUGACUAUGUGCCGUCCUUGAAGCUCGGUUAUGACUCCGCGAACCCUGAAACAGCUACGUCAAAAAUCGAUCGUUCUGUCCGACGUGAGAAGUUUACUGAGCUGAGGAAAAAGAAAUUGGCUGAUGCUGCAAGGCUGAAGCAGAAAGAAGAGGCAAGGAAGGCAAGCCAACGACAUGGUGUUUCUCAUGACCACUCGUACUUCGCCAAACUUCAACUGUCCUCUCCUAUUUUCAAGAACUCAACCGGGAUGUCCAGUCUUCUGAAUCUUGAAGUGCCAACUAUUGCUCCUAUCAAGGUGUCUACAGCAUGUGGACCUGAUGAACCCUACACCUCGGACACUGAUCGUUUGGAAGAGGAAUGCAAGAAGUUGAGGGCGGAAGUUGAACGGCUAAAGCGGCGUUGCGGGGAACUAGAGACUGGGCUUUCGAAGGCACAGUUUGGUGUGCACUGGAUUGACGAGUCUGAUGAGAAGUGUCGCUUCCUCACUGGUCUGCCGAACCGCUCCGUGUUCCAUGCCGUCUUAGGUCAUGUGCAGGAGAAGGCCGCAAAGCUCACUGCCUGGCGCGGUGAUUCCACCAGUGACCCCAAGGACAACAAGCCUGGCCCUCGGAUGACCAAGGACUUGUCCAUUGCCAACCAGUUCUUUGCGACGCUUGUCCGGUUGCGCCAUGGUAUGUGUGGCGGGUUUGUGGCAGCCCUGAUGCAAAUGCCUGACUCCACGUUCAGCAGGAUGUACUCCACGUGGAUUCUGUUUCUGUCCCGUGAGCUGUCUCUCCUCUUCCCGUUCCCGUCCAGACAACUUGUGGACAAGUUCAUGCCACCGUGCUUUAAGUCCAAGUUUCCGCAGACGAGGAUUAUCAUUGACUGUUUGGAGAUCCAGAUGGAGCGCCCAACUUCUCUCCUGAACCAGUCGAUCACUUACUCCAGCUACAAGAGCCGGAACACCAUGAAGAUUCUUGUAGGUGUUUCACCUGCUGGUCUUGUGACUUUUGUGUCGGAUGUUUGGGGUGGCCGAGUCAGUGACAAGGUCAUCACAGAGCAGAGCGGUCUGUUGCAGCUUCUGGAGAAGGGUGACAGUGUCAUGGCUGACAAGGGCUUUGACAUCGAGGUGCCUCUUGCUCUCCAUGGAGUGAAACUGAACAUCCCGCCAAAGCUCGGUGCUGAUAGCCAGAUGAGCGCCCAGAAGAUCGAGAAGACCCGCCGCAUUGCAGAGCUGCGUAUCCAUGUCGAACGGGCUAUCGGACGUGCACGUUGCUACCGUGUCCUCAACACUGUGUUCCCUGUGAGCAUGUCGAGUCUGUCGUCUCACAUCGUGAAAGUGUGCUUCUUCCUCACAAACUUCGACGCCCCGCUAGUAAAUUGAAGAGACAUGUGAAUCACUAUAUUCAAGUUCUAUCUUCUUUUGUUCUCUUUAUUAUGGUCUAUUUUUCAGCACACUAUAAUAAUAAUAAUAACCACUCUUAUUUUACUUCGGUUUCUCCAACAGACGAUUCGUCUUAUUACUGGAGCCGGAAGGGAGGUGCACAGUUAGAAUCAUUUUUCUGAACAUAUCGGAGCUGGAUUCGCACGCUAUCUUCACAUGUAAUGUAAAUACAAAGUACGGCUACAUGGCGCGGCGGAAGCACAGUGCUCCGGUCAUGUAAAGGUCUCUGGUUCGAAGUAAUAUUUUCUGGAAGUGCCAUAGCUUGUGAAUAUGAACGUACCAACUGCUGCUAGGUCACUGGCUGCGUGCGUGUUGUUUGUGGGGUUGUGAUGUGAUAAAGAGUGCAUUGUCUCCACUCCCCACCGCAUGGCAGGCGGCAAAGUGGAAAUGGUGGCGUAUGCCACGAUCAAGCAAAGGUCUCUGGUUCAAAAUACUAUUUUGUGUAAUUCCCAAAGCUUGUGAAUAUGA